UAGAAUGUUUGGACCCAAGGGGCUGUAUUCACGCUUGCCUGGUCCUUGUUCGGCUGCCUUUCUUUUAAGCCACGAUGUCUUCUCAGUAUCUUCCCAAUCUCCGCAUUCGUCUCCCCGCGCUCCUUCUUCUUUUGGAAGCUGCUUUAAUCCUUAUAUUUGGCUUCUUCGUUUCUUAUGACCACAGUCAAAAUCUUGCCAGAGACUACCCAGCAUUUCAAGAUGUCAACCUCAUGGUGAUUUUUGGGUUCGCCUAUUUUCUGGCCUUCCUGCACAGAUACGGCUUCAGCAGCAUCGGAUUCAACCUUCUCCUUGCUGCCCUUGGAGUACAGUGGGCAGUGAUUGUCGAUGGAUUCCUUUUUCACUUCUCCGCUGGGAAAAUAAGGAUAAAUCUGCAAAGCAUUUUAACUGCCAUUAUGAGCAUCACCACAGUGUUGAUUUCAACAGGAGCAAUACUUGGCAAAGCCAAUCUCAUGCAGUUGAUCUGGAUGGCUAUGAUAGAAGUGACCGUCUUCACCGUCAACAGAUGGCUGGCUGUGAAUCUUUUGCAGAUCGAGAGCCACGUCAGUGUGAUGCACGUCCACUUGUUUGGGGCCUACUUUGGCCUGAUGGUCUCCUGGACGCUCUACCACUCCUCAUUGAGUCGGAAAGCUGAGAAGGAAAGAUCCAGGCCCAUCUCGGAUAUGUUUGCGGUGCUGGGUACCCUCUUUCUCUGGGUCUUCUGGCCCAGCUUCAAUUCUGUCCUGAUCACGGAAGAAGACAAAAAAGGGACUGCCGUCUACAACACCUACUUUGUCAUGGCCACGAGCACCAUUGCCGCUUUUUCUUUCUCAAUGGCAACCAGCAAAAAUGGAAAACUCAGCAUGGCUCAUAUCCAGAAUGCUACACUGGCAGGUGGGGUUGCCCUUGGCUUCUCUGCUUCCAACAUCCAACAGCCUUGGAUUGCAAUGGUUUUGGGUCUGGCGGCAGGCACAAUUUCUGUCCUUGGCAUGGCCUAUUUACAGAAACUCUUGGAUCCAGCACUCCAAAUCCAUGAUACUUGUGGAGUUCUUUACACUUUCGGCUUGCCCAGUUUGCUUGGAGGGAUAAUCCACGUUAUUCUCAUCCUAACCAACCACAGCAAGAACCUCUCCGUAUUUGGUUAUUCAGCUUUAAUUGAAGUUGGGGCACUCAGCUUGAGCCUAUGCCUCAGUCUGUUCAGUGGUCUGCUUACAGGUCUCAUUUUAACUUGCAAAUUAUGGAAAACACCUCCUGUAACAAAGUACUUCGAUGAUCAAGUUUAUUGGGAGUUCCCCCACUUAGCUGCUGGAUUCUGAACACCAUCUUCAGGAGGGCACCAAGUUACACAGCUAAGAGACUUUCUCCUUGAUGCAACAAGAAUGCAUGAAAAAGAGACUUAUUUACUUUAUUAAAUUUACCAGAAUAUUUGGUAAGCAUUUAGUAUAAAAUACUUGCUUGUAAUGCUAAAAUGAAUAUAUGCCAAGUGUUUCUUUAAAAAAUGUUCCUUUAUAUUCUAGGCUUUUAAAAUGCUUAGAUAAUGCAAGUGGAAAGUGAAGAUUAAAUAUUAUAUAUGAAACAGAGUCCAAUCAUAUCACUCUGUGUUUAUAUACAGUGUUUUUCACAGUCAUAGAGUUCAAGCAUUACUCUUAAGCCAGGGGUGUCAAACUCAAGUGAUGUCAAGCUGGCCAAGCCCACCCCAGCCCCCUGAGGUCAAACACAACCCUGAUGCAGACCUCAAUGAAAUCAAGUUUGACACCCCUGCUCUAAGCCAUCAUAUGGUUUGGUUCAGCAUCCUGUGUCAAGAGUGCUUUGAUUACAAAAAAAAAAAUUAAACCAGUGGACAAACCAGACUACUGAUUCCUUUCCACAACUGAGAAAUGAUUUCCCUGCAAAGUCAGAAGGUUGCACAGGGCAUUUCUUAUACAGCCUUCUGCAAAUAGCACUUCGCGAAUAUGCUAGAAAAUGACACUGUGCAGGGAAGACAAGGUGUGUAUUUGAGGAAAAAGCUAGUCUUCCAUUAUCAAUAUAAUUCAAAAAUGUUGCAAGAAACUGCAAGAAGUCGCAUUAGAAAUACAAUAAGAGUAUAUUUCUAUUACAUUUUAUACACAUAAGUAAUAACCUUCAUAUACAAGCAUUCCACAAAACACUGUCAGUCAAAUAUUUCACAUUAAAAAAAACAACAGCACUUAUACCCCCGAAUAAAGGAACAGUAAGAGAUACAGUAAUAUUAAGAUAUAACAAAAACAUUCAGUAAGAGGACAGUACGAGUUUCUCUUCCAUCUCA